AUGUUUAAAUUUCAUGUAUCAUCUAUUUCCCAUUCACUUUCCUUUCUGUCGGCAUGCCCUCCAUUGUUUUGUGAUCCUGAUCCUACGGCUUCAUCUCUACCUCCGGAUCCUGUUCCAGUUGAGACUUCCGAUCCAUCUCCAGUUGAGGCUUCUGACCCACCUACAGUUGAGGCUUCAGAUCCACCUCCGACCUUGUCUGUAGAUGUUGAUACGUUUGCGGUCCCUGGACCUGUCAUACCUCGUCGAUCACAUCGAUGUUUAAUGGAUUUGCCUUCUGGAAAGACACCUAUUGGGUGCAAGUGGGUUUUCAAAAUCAAGACUAAUUCUGAUGGUUCCGUUGAGCGCUACAAGGCGCGCUGGUGGCUAAGGUUAGAUUUCAAGAAUACAUUCUUACAUGGCACUCUUUCUGAAAAAAUUUACAUGACUCCUCCUUCAGGUUUACCAUCUUCUGAAAAGGCUAAGUAUGCUUCCGAUCUUAUUUCUCGAGCUGGUCUCACAGACUGUCAGGUAGCCUCUAUACCACUUGCCUAUGGCGUUCGACUUACACCUCCUGAUGGCUCUCUUCUUGAUGAUCCUACCCUAUAUCAUCAUCUUGUUGGGAGUUUGAUUUAUUUGACUGUUACUAGGCUUGAUAUUGCUCAUGCAGAGCAUAUUGUGACUCAAUUCAUGGCUACUCGGGAAAAUUACAUAAAAUAUCCCACACUUUUGAGAAUCAAAAAGGUUCCCUAUCCUUCGCCCUAUGAGUCGAGCGCCGACAAUGGUGUCAUGACUUUUAAUCGCCAUCUCCAAUGCCUCUUCAGGGACAAUUGGUCACCUAUCCCCUUGACGGCGAAGUUAGUUGAGUAUGAAGUUCGGGUUGAUUUGGUGCAGUGGAAGUUCAUCUCUGGUUUUGAUAUUGUUAUGGGCAAAUCUCAACGUGGUGCCGUUGGAGGGUCACAGGAUCCGGCAGUCUCUCCCGCAAGACGUUUUACCCGGGCAUCCGCACGUAACAGCCCCCUAGAGGCAACUCAUCCCGCAAGCAGGAAUCCAUCGCCCAUCCGCAAUCCCACAAAGAAAGUGACAAAACGGAAGGGAUCUCGGGUCUCGCCACUGCUCCAGCGACUCCGGUCCAUCACAUUAGAGUGGGAGAAAGAGCGCGAUGCUCGUGGUCAAAGCAUGAAGCCAACAUCUUCCACUCGAAGGGCAGUGCUUCAGGAUUCAGAGGGCCCUUUGGAGGAACAUGAUGAUAGGGAUGUUCCAUCACUUUUUGAUCCGACGGCACUGACACAGGAUGACGAUGAUACAAUCCCCCCCACACAAGCAGAUGACGAGACACUUCCGCCGACGCAGGACAUGGAGACUGCAGAGAGUGAUAUGCCACUCUUGGAUGAAGGGCCAGGCUCCGACCCCACUCUGAUGACAGGAACAGAGGCGGGCAAUAUGGCACCAUUGGACGAGAUGACAUCGCACGACGCUGGUUCGUCAAAGAAAAAGCAGGGGAGAGGGGCGGCACGAAUGCCGCGUGGAUGGGGAAAAGAUCACAGGAUGCUUGUAUUCACAUCGCCGGAUGAUAAAAGCAUCGUCGGACCCGACGUAAACGAGUACAAGACAGCCAUUGGGGUCAUUGCACGCAACGGAGCUCGACUUCCUCUACAUUACCCCACGUUCGCUGAGAUACCGGAGACGAAGAGACAGGGUGCAUGGAUGGAGGUUCAGAGUAACAGCGGAUUACCAGACUCAGCGGAGAAAGUGGUCUUGGCUGACCUAAGGGAAGUUUGGAGGCACUGGAAAUACAGCAUCAAAUCAACUUACUUCAAUCCGAUCGAGGACGAUGAAGAAGCACUGAAGAAGGUUCCCUCAAGCAGGAUUGUGCCCGAUCAGUGGCCGAAGUUGGUUGAGUAUUGGCGCGACGAGAAGGUGAAGCUUCAAUCCAAGAAAAAUGCGUCGAACGUAGCGAAAAGAAGCUUUCCACAUCGUACUGGGCGGAAGUCAUUCACGACUCUGGCAGAGGAGAUCAAGGCAAAGGGGAAGGACCCCGACAAUCUGGAGAUUUGGAUUUCCAGUCGCACACAAGGCAAGGGAAAGGAUGACCAAGAAACCGAGGAGAUAUUGAAUGAGCUAAACAAGGUUCCCCCUGAAGGGCGGACUCCCUCUGUUCGGGAGACUCUGUACCGACGGGCCCUUGGGGGAAAGAUUAAGAAGCGGUCAAAGGUCGACAGUGCGGCAAGUUCAGCUCAUCCCCGCAGCGAGUCAACUGGUUUAACAGACAGUGUAGCAUUCCAGCAUGGGUGGGAACAACUACAUAAUGGAAUGGAGGAGCUGAAGGCAAUGAUGGAUGAGUUCAAAACCAUCAAGGCUGAUGUGUAUGCAUUCAUGCACAGAAACUCCGGAGCGGUUACUGGCCAGGCAGGCACAUCUCGUAUUGAUUCAGUCCCUGAGAUUCCCAGGCCUGUGUCCGAGCCAAGCAUGACGGUCGGCACACAUGUGCUUCUAUUUUCCCGCACCGGUGAGAAAAAAGUUGUUGCAGAGGGACUUCUGCUCUGCCCCCCUGGGCCAGGUGACACACUUUCCUUGGUCAAGGUCUUCGUGACAUCCGCGUCAGUCCCGGACACACCCCUUAUUUUGCCGACCAUUUCUGGGGCGACUACCCUUCGCGAUGUCGUCGGCGAAGAUCCUAUUGAGUGGAGCUACAAGGACCUCAUGCGCCGGGCUUGAAAUGUUGGUACCGAUACACCCAUGUUAAUUGCCCCGUUUGUCAUAUGGAUUGAAUGUCGAACCUGUCUUUGGAUGGAUUGUGUUGAGUUUUUGUUGAACUAUGUCUGGAAUUGAUGCGUAGACCUUUGUGGUUUGAAUUCGUAUGGUGAAAAAUGUGCCUAAUGGGAUUGAUGGAUAACCGUAUUUGCUUAUUGCGUUGUUUACUU